AUGGUGAAGAAAGGGACGGUGAUCAACAAAAUAGCAAGUCAUUAUCAAUUAAUCGGCAGCAGUCGCAAACGGCGCCGCCUGCGCCUGCCCGUCUCGCACCGGCGCACGAGCCUGCCGCGCGUGCGCCGCGCCUCGCUCACCCCCACCCCCGCGUCCACGCCCUCGCUCUCCAUCGACGACACCACGCCCCGCUUCACGCCCACUCCCGUGCGCCGCAGCCGCCGGCUCGCUCGACCCGACGACUCGCAACAAGAUAGCGAUACUUCUGUUCAUGGGAAACUUUCCCCGACAAAGAGUGACACUUCACUUAAGCAUUCAUAUCCCGAAGUCGACCCAAAUAAAGACAAACUUGUAGACCGACGAUCUUCCUUAUCUAAAGAAAGCGAUACGUCCCGCAAAGAUUCGUCAGACGGUCUCAUACGGGGCGUAAAUGUCACAAGGAGAAACAUUGGACGACUUGAAAGUGACACAUCCGAAGUUAAUAAACCAAUUUCUCCGUCUAAAGAAAGCGACACGUCCCGUAAGGAUUCGUCAGACGGUCUCGUACGGGGCGUAAAUGUCACGAGGAAAAACAUCCGACGACAUGAAAGUGACACAUCCGAAGUUGACAAACGAACUUCACCCUCUAAAGAAGAGAGUGACACGUCUCGCAAGGAUUCCACUUCGGAUACCCGAGAUGAGAUUAUUACUAAACGUUCUGAUCAGAGACAAAAUACUGUAACAGAACUUGCAGACAAAACACUGAAACGGACUUCUCUGUCAAAGGAGAGCGAUAUUUUUCGUAGCAAGGCUACUUCGGACGCUAAAGAUGACAAUAUUACACAACCUAUGAGACUGGGCAGUGACUCCUCCGAAAUAGUUGAAAAUGUAAUAUCUUAUUCCAAUUACGAAAGCGAUGCGUCCCAAAAGUCAAAUCGAAGUAUUACAAACAUAAAUGUCACGAGACGUGGUCUGAACAGAUACGCUGAUGCUUCUGAAUUCAAAAAAAACCUCAGCCCUGCUCUAAAUGAAGAUAGUGAGGAAUCACGAAGCGAUUCUGUCAUGGGAACGGUCAAAAACAUCAAUGUUACAAUUCGUGGUCAGAAGUCGUGUGCCAAAAAACACAUAAACGAUGAAUUCCAAUUAAACAAACGAAGAACCAGCGACGAUUCACAGAACAAAUCUGCUUCCGACACGGGCGAUAAACAAGAGAAUGUUACAAUUAGACAGAAUUACAGCGAAAGACCAGAUGCAGAAGAACUUACUAAAGAAAGGAACUUAUCCAGUGGUGGUUCACCAAACGACUCAGUUUUGGAAAAACGUGCCAGAACUACGAAUGUCACACUUCGGAACAAACAAAUGGAAGAGAAACCAGAAGACGAUGAGCUUGUUAAAAAACUCAGUUCUUUGUUCAAUGAAGGGAGUGAAACGGAUACGAUAAUAAGGGAUUUGCAUGUUACCACUCGUGCUCCUAAGAUCACUGAGCACGAGAGCUCGACAGCGGAUGAAUCUAAAAAUGAGAAAAGUUUAUUAUAUGACAAAGACAAAAACACCACAAUUCAAGCUAAGAAACGUGUUGCUGACAAAGAGAACUCUUCCGAAAAUAACUCCAUAUCUGAAGAUGACAUUACACCUGUAUCUUCAGAGCGGAGCUCUAAUAAAUUGAAACGAAACUUGGGAUCGUUAGCACCAAGAAUGGGACGAAAACAGGCAGGCGUGGUGGAAUACGGACGGAACGCGAACGUAGCAAAUACUACCAAAACUGAUGAAGAUUUCGAGACUCCUGGCCAGAGCGUUCGCGUGUCCGAUAAAAGCUUGGGAUAUUUGGCACCACGGCGACGUCGAGGCAUGGUCGAAUACAGACGAAAGAUAAGUUCUGCGAAUACAACCAGAAUUGAUAACACUCUGUCUUCGCAAGAAAGCGAUGAUUAUGAACAAAAUGUUGGAACUCUAGCACCAUUAAGGACGCAACCUUUUAGGCAUCGUCGAGGCGUGGUCGAAUACAGGCGAAAUGUAGAAGUAACAACAACUGAAAUUGAAGUUCAAAGCUUAGAACAAACCGAACCGCUUAGAAUUGUAGGAGAGGUGUCACAUCGGGCUAGAGCAAAUGUUGAUCGGGAGUUAUUCGAGUAUGAAGAAGCAUUGAGGCCGCGGAGGGCUGGGGUGCAAUACAGGCGUGGGGGCGAUACUCCGGGCGUGCCUGUUCCACCAAAACCGAAGCGUAUGCGUAUGGACAGCGACACAGACUCGCAGGACGAGAACGGCGGUGGUGGCUUGAUAAGCGUACGCGCCGAUGUACAUCGCCCACCGAGUCCGCAACAAAGCAGUGGCAGUCUUCCCAUGUCACUCACUCCGGCAGCUUCGGAUCCAGGCCAGGCAACAGAAUAACUUACGAUUGCUUAAUUUCGCAUUUGGAUUAAACUAGAUACAAAACUAUCCAUUAUAUCCAUAAAACCUAAGUAAGUUAUACUGACGUUACUUGCUAUUGUCGUUUUUACGAGAUUGCGUCUUUAGUUAGCACACUUGAGACUGUUUUGAAUUGAGUGUAAUUUUUGAGAGAGUGAUGAAGAAUAUUUGUAGAACUUGAGUCCUGUGAAUAAUUAAACACUUUAUUAAUCUCAUAAUUUUCCUAUAAACUACUUAAGUGCUUAUGACCAGUU